AUGGGUGCAGGGUUUACUAGUGGUGAGGGAUGUUUCCAAAUAUCCGUUAGUUCUUCAGCUAAUUCUAAAUUCAAAGUGCGAGUUCAAUUAGAAUUUUCUGUUAUUCAACAUGUUCGCGAUGAGCAGUUAAUAAGCCAAGCAGUAGAGUACAGAGUAUUUAAGUUUUCAAAUAUUGAAAAUAAAAUUCUUCCUUUCUUUACUAAAUAUCCUAUUAUUGGUGAAAAUCCAAGGAUUUUUAUGAUUGAUCUCGAGUAG